UUCCCCCUGUGUCACGGUAAAGUCAGCUCGCCGUCACGUGCUAAACUUCAGGCCGGGGAGCGGAACACAAACAGUUCGUGUCGAGACGUCGAGAAAAUGUCUCCGUGUGUUCUCCUCCUGUCCGUGGCUCUGGUCUCCGCCGCCUCCGCUCAGUUCGUCCCUCCGUUCACUGAGGACUGUCGCUCACACAUGUACCCGCCCAACGGACCCACGUUCAGAGGAGCGGUGGCUUGGUACACAGUGGACCUGGACCUGCCCCCCAGCAAGAGAUGGAACACUCUGAUCGCUGACAAAAAAACUGAUCUGGUGACCAUGAUUCAGGCCAUCAGAGACUUGGCUGAUGCGUUCGUGCCCAGUGGGAGACUGGUGGAGCUGGUCGACGUCACACUCCCUCUGAUGGCGAACACUCUCCCAGACCCGUUCAGUGAGGAAAUUAAAGGAAUCGCUGCCGUUUCCGGAAUUCCUCUUGGUGAGGUCGUCUUGUUCAACAUCUUUUACGAGGUGUUCACUGUGUGCACAUCAAUCGUUGCCGAAGAUGAUAAAGGUAACCUCCUUCAUGGAAGAAAUCUGGACUUUGGUUUAUUUAUGGGCUGGGAUGUGAAAAACAAGUCAUGGAUCAUUAGCGAGAAGCUGAAGCCUCUGGUGGUGAACCUCGAUUUCAAGAGAAACAACCAGACCGUCUUCAAAUCCACAAACUUUGCUGGAUAUGUCGGCAUGUUGACCGGCAUCAAGCCUCACACAUUCACUCUGACUAUGAAUGAACGCUUCAGCCUUGAUGGAGGAUACAUCGGAAUCCUGGAGUGGAUCCUGGGCCAGAGAGACGGGAUGUGGAUGAGUUUCCUCACUCGCUCUGUGCUAGAAAAUGCAAACAGCUAUGAGGAGGCCAAAACCCGCCUGGCUACGACAAAGCUUCUGGCUCCUGCUUACUUCAUCCUCGGUGGAAACCAGACGGGGCAGGGCUGCAUCAUCACCCGCUCCAGAACGCUCAGCAUCGACUUGUUGGAGAUCGACCUGAAGCUGAAUCGUUGGUACGUCCUGGAGACAAACUACGACCACUGGGAGCAGCCUCUGUUCCUGGACGAUCGCAGGACUCCCGCCAUGAAGUGCAUGAACCAGGUCACACAGAAGAACAUCUCUCUAAAGACCAUGUACGACAUCCUCUCAACCAAACCUGUGUUAAAUAAGUUGACCACUUACACAACACUGAUGCAAGUGUCUACUGGGAACCUGGAGUCGUACAUCCGUGACUGCCCUAACCCCUGCAUGCCCUGGUGAUGGUCUGAACCCGGAUCAGUUUGUAAAGGCUGAGCUCUUGGUAGAAGCGCCGAUCGAGACGAGCUCAGCUGAUCUGGAGACAAAACCGCAGGUUCUCUCUUGAAGCACAGCAACGAAUCUGCUGAACCAAAGUCUGUUUGUAUCCCUGAUGUCAUUUUGUUGGUCUUCUCUGUUUUAGACAAUUCAGAAAAUAACUUUGAUAAAAAUACUUUAACGCUUUUUUCUGUUCAUGAGGGAAACUGGUACGAAAGUGAAUUAAAUUUGUAAAUGUCUUUGUAUUUUUACUGUGAUCAUACCUGGAUCUCAAUGCGGGCUGAGAAACCCCUGAGAUUGUUGCACAUGUGUAUAAUUAAAUUAAAGAUAAUUGUAGUGCUCUGGUAAUUCAGUCUGUGGUAAAAGUUCCUUAUUCAGUGUGUUGCCUUCUCCAAUCACGGCUGUAACCAGCUGAGUUACAGUCUCAUCACGUGACUACUGACGACGUAACAACACUGAUAAACGUACCUCAUUGCUGACCUUUGCUUUU